AUUGUGGCGCGCAUCUCAUUUAUUUCUAGAAUGGUUCUCCUUGUCAGUUUUCACAACUUCUCCAUCUCUCAUUUGAGAGGAGAGCAUCAACAGCUGAUCAAUGCUUCUCUCAAUGACUUCAAUGAGCUUGACGAUGAACGUCCAACAACACCCACGUCGCUCAUGAUGGCUCUCUAAAACCUACUGUUGCUGCUCUUUUCAGUCUACUCUGUUACCGCAUGCGAGGAUGACCAGGUCACACUGGAGAAGAGCGCAAAUCCAAGCUCACAAACGGUGAAGGGCGGGCUGUCACGUGGCUCCACCUGCAACUGCCAGAGGCCCCUUGGCGCACAUGCCACAUUUCCCCAGGACUGCCCAGCUGACCCCUGGCAGUGAAGUCAGGAUUCAGGGGAUUUGGAGCUGCAUCAAGCUUCUGACCCCGCUAUUAAGCAGCACCAAGCCAUUCAGCCCAACCAUUCCAGUCCAACGACAACGACCUGAAAGCUUUCUAGACACCCUCAUCGCUUCUUUUUCCCCUUGCUUUUUUGCAGAGGUGAUCUUUGUGUUCUGAACAAGAGACGCGAUGUCGCUUCAAAUCCCCCACCACCAAAAGGCCAACGGCAACACUGGCGCCACCAAAGCCGUGAUUCUCGUUGGUGGUGCCUCUCGUGGCACUCGCUUCCGCCCGCUCUCUCUCGAUGUUCCCAAGCCUCUCUUCGAUGUUGCCGGUCACCCCAUCAUCUGGCACUGCUUGACCGCCAUCAGCAAGGUCCCUUCGAUCCACGAAGUCUACCUGAUCGGCUACUACGAGGAGCAUGUUUUCCGCGACUUCAUCAAGGAUUCGUCGUCCGAGUUCCCCGACCUCUCCAUCAAGUACCUCCGCGAAUACCAAGCCCUGGGCACCGCCGGCGGCUUGUACCACUUCCGCGAUGCCAUCCUCAAGGGCCGCCCCGAGAACAUCUUUGUUCUGAACUCGGACGUCUGUUGCAGUUUUCCUCUAAACGAGAUGCUUCAGCUCACACACGAGCGCCGCGCCGAGGCCGUCAUUCUGGGCACCAGGGUCAGCGAGGAUGCCGCCUCGAACUUUGGCUGCAUUGUCUCCGAUUCUCACACCCGCCGCGUGCUGCACUACGUCGAGAAGCCCGAAAGUUACAUUUCCAAUCUUAUCAACUGCGGAGUCUACCUCUUCCGCGCCGAUGUCCUCUUCCCUUCGAUCCGCACCGCCAUCCAGCGCCGCGCCGACAGACCCCGUCUGGGCUCGUACCGUUCAUCCGAGAAUCUUGCCAGCUCGUACAUGUUUGACGAGGAAGACACGCAGAAGAAUGAAGUCAUUCGGUUGGAGCAGGAUAUUCUCGGAGAAAUGGCCGAUACCAACCUCUUCUUCGUCUAUGAGACCAAGGACUUCUGGAGGCAGAUCAAGACGGCCGGCUCUGCCAUCCCAGCCAACGCCCUGUACCUCCAGAAGGCCCAGCAAAGCGGCUCCAGCGAGCUUGCCGCUCCUUCAGCCAACAUCAAGGCCCCCGUAUUCAUCCACCCCACGGCCAACGUACACCCCACGGCUGUUCUGGGCCCCAAUGUCUCUAUUGGACCUCGCGUGACGAUUGGACCUGGCGUCCGCAUCAAGGAGUCUAUCGUGUUGGAAGACGCCGAGGUCAAGCAUGACGCGUGCAUUCUGUACUCAAUUAUCGGUUGGGGCAGCCGCGUCGGUGCUUGGGCUCGUGUGGAGGGCACACCAACCCCCGUGACGAGCCACAACACGAGCAUUAUCAAGAACGGUGUCAAGGUUCAGGCUAUCACCAUCCUUGGCAAGGAGUGCGGUGUCGGUGAUGAGGUCAGAGUGCAGAACUGCAUCUGCCUGCCAUUCAAGGAUCUGAAGAGGGACGUUUCCAACGAGGUCAUUAUGUAAGGAUGGGAUGAACAAAAUGAAGAGAUGAGAUACCAAAGUUGAAGUUGAUCAGCAUGGAGAAUGGGACUGGCUAGUGGAUUUGAUCAAACCAUCCUAGCAUGUUUUGAUAGAUGCAAGCAGAGUCGGAGUCAGGAGCCAUAAAAGAUUUAUCGUAAUAAUAGACGUUGAAGUUUUGCAAUCUGCUUCUACCUCGGUAACAAGCUUGCAGGUGGAAUCUA